AUGAGAAAAGUUAAUAAAGCUAUUCAUUCAGAUCCAAAUGUCGAAGAGCUUCUACUCUCUCUUCAAAUAGAGAACGAAUCCCUUGAAGAAAACUCGGGAUCAGAAGAAGUCUCGGAAGAUUCACAUGAAUCCUUGGAUGAAGUAGAAUAUAGGGUCAUAGGGGGGUCAAGAUGGAACAGCUUCUGUGAAAUGGACUUUGAUGCAAAGGCUUUGAAGGACAAAGGAGAGUAUAAAGUCACAAGGGGCCCUUUGCCUUUCUCGUUGUUUGAGUUUAUUGGAGACAAAGGGAACACAGAGUCAACCAUCGUUACAGACCAGAAGCUUUCCAUUGAGGGAGGAAGAUAUGAUUAUGGUUUCACUCCUUCGGAUCUAAAGCAAUACAGAAUCAAGAGGAAAAAGAAAACGAAGAAGGUGUGCCCCAACUGGGAGGAUAUCUCUGAGAAAAAAAGGAAUGAGCCCAAGAGAAUAUGUGUUAGGUCCUUAAGAUUGAAGAAUAAAAGAUGA